UGUAAAAAAUAAAAAAUAUUUUAAAUUUACAGUAUUUGAUUGGCGUUCUAGAAUCGAGUCCUUUAAUUCAGCAUGUUGAUAUGCCUAUCUAGUCUCUAUGAAGUGUUACUGCUAUUGGUUCUGUUUCAAAUCGCCUGUUGUGCAAAAGUUCCAGGCGUCUAUGAUGAGCCACGUUUACCGACGACUAUUAGGCCCUUUCACUAUGAUAUAAGAUUAACAACCCACCUGGAGAACUCGGGUAACCACAGCUACAAUGGUAACGUGAACAUUUCCCUCCACGCUCAAAAAACCACCUAUCAAGUGGUGCUCCAUGUGGCCGGUGUUAAAAUCCAGGCCAAGAAAAUAAAGCUAUUCGGUGAGAAAUCGAACUUUCAGCUACUAACCGUCAAGUUCAAUAAAAAACGGCAGUAUAUGAUGUUAAAAUUCAACCAGCCUCUAAGGCUGGGCAAGACCUAUAUCCUAAGUAUUGAGUUCGGUCGGUCGAUGAGCAAGGAAUCGGAGGAUGGUUACUUUAUACGUCACUAUGUGAAUGCAAAGAACUCAGAGAAAAUCUGGUAUUCCAUCUCCCAUUUUGAUAGAAACUUCAUAAGGAACGCCCUGCCCAGUUUCGAUGAGCCCGGCUUGAAAGCCACCUUCAAUGUGACCAUGGGUCAUCACAAGCUAUUCCAGAGCUACAGCAACAUGAAUGUGCGAGCUGUGUUGCCCAACCUUGAUAUUCCGGACUAUGUGUGGUCUGUGCACGAGGUGACUCCUUUGAUCUCCACCCAUUUGCUGGCCAUCUCGGUGAACAACUUCACAUGUCGUUUCACCCAGGCCGCCAGUGCAAAUCCCGUGAAAUUCCGCACCUGUUCCCAGUCGGCUGAUGUCCGUGAGACGUCCUUUGCCGCACAAAUGGCUCCUCGGCUGCUGGAGUUCCUCGAUGGUCUGCUGAAAGUGCCCCUGCCGCUCGAAAAGAUCGAUCAACUGGUGGUGGAUGAUUUGCCCAGCGAAGUUGCCGGGCAUCUCGGCCUGAUCAUCUACCAAAGCAAACCGAUUUUGCAUCGUGAAGAUGGUCCAAUGACACGGUCCAAACUGCAGGCCCUCCAGCUGAUGGCAAAUGGAAUGGCCCACAUGUGGUUCGGCAAUCUUCUGGGCAACGACUGGUGGUCGGAACUCUGGCUAACGGAGGGUCUAGCCGGCUACUUUGAGACGUUAACCAUGGACCACGUGAAACGGGGAAUGGGUCGUCGUCUGCGGUUGCGCAACCGCGAAGCUUCCUUGAUGUACGAAUCGCAGGUGGGCGGCCUAUCCUUGGAUCUCUUUUGGCCUCCAGCCACUGCAGAGGUGGAGAAGCACCUGUUCCAAAAGGCGACCAAUCUAAUUGGCAUGGUGAACGGCUUCCUGGGCAACGCCACCUUCUACGAUGGACUUCAGCGGCAUUUGUGGCAGAACUCUUUCGCCAGCAGCACCGCGGAUCUCUUUUGGCGAUCCCUGCAGUUGGCCAGCGAAAGGGAGUUUUCUUCCGCUCCAAAAUCUUGGGAUGUGAGGAGUAUUAUGGAGACCUGGACCCGGCAGAGCGGCUAUCCAUUGGUCACGGUCAUCCGAAGGGGUCAUAAUAUUGUACUGUUGCAAGGAACUGCCUUGAACAGGAGCCGAUCGGAUCUGUGGUGGAUUCCCCUGACCUACACUAUCGAGGGGGAGGCGAUGCCCAAAGAAACGAGGGCAAGGGCCUGGCUCAGUCCGUCUCACAGUCCCUAUCAACUGGACGAGAUAGUGCCCCAUAGUCAGUGGAUCCUUCUCAAUCUCCGGGCCACCGGCUACUACAGGGUAAACUAUGACGAGCACACGUGGCAGUUACUGGCAGCCACGCUCCUCGACGACUUCCGCAGCAUCCACGUACUGAAUCGAGCCCAAAUCGUCAGCGAUAUCCUGUUCUUGUGGAAGCAGGAGCUGGUCAGCUGGACCACUGUCCUCAAUGUGCUCAGGUACAUUGUCGACGAGGACGAGUACGAACCCCUGAUGGCCUUUGUUGUGGGCGUGACAAAUGGUCUCUGGGGCAUCUCGCCGGAGAGCUCACUUUCCAUUGCGAAAUGGCUGAGUAUUGCUGGCAGGUGGUAUGCGGAGUUCAUCAGUUACACGUUCGACAAAUUCGUGCUGCAGGAUCGGAAUCAGAAUAGCCUCGACUACCCCGAUUAAGGGGACCACAAACUAAUGGGCCCAACCAGAUACACACCCACUUGGCCAUCCGGACUGCUUUUUCUUCGGGAGUUGGGAGAGGAGACGGCGAAAUGAAACCGCCAUCAAUGAACCGCAAUUGUAUUUGUUUGCAAAUAACUGAGCGUUAUCUGAGACUAUUUAUCUUUAUCUGCAACAACAGCAGAAGCAGCUCCGCACAAUGCCGAAGGACCAAAGGAGCCAGGAAGGAGCAGCCAGCCACUGGGAACCGAGAGAGCUGGGGAUCCACUUACAGCCAAGGCGCCAACUGAAAUAAUGAUGCAGGCGAAAUAACAAUAAAGGCGGGGCCGCCAAGAGGAGGGAACUGGGCUGGUAUAAAGGACACUAUCGAUGCUUCUUUUCCUUCCGCAGCGGUAAAGACAAUGCCAGACCCCUAAUACUGCAGCCAUUUCCAUGGCAAUGCAAUGGACUCGCCCUGCCAAGCAAAUCACUUUGGCCGGCGGAGGGUUCAAGUUAAGGUCUUAAGGGUCAAUGCAAAGUUUUGCGGAAGAAACUUAAUCGAAGAAAUAUGAAGUAAAGUACCAUGAUUUUAGAAACAUUGUGUGAAUAAAAAAAAGCGCUUGAAAAUUCCAA